AUGUUUUUUAUGGCAGCUUAUGUGUUAAACGAACAGGAGCAAGAUUACCAAAGUAGAAUAGAUAGGCGGCGUUUAAGAGACCAUUCGAAUCCUCUCAGUGCACCGGAUUCUACAUUUGUUUCCAACUAUCGCCUAAACAAGUACGCUUUUUUAGAAGUGCUGAAUGAAGCAAAAUCUUUCGUCAAGGAAACGUCCAUACCUAUUUUAUUAAAGCUGGCAGCAAGUCUUAGGUUUUUCGCAGAGGGUUCCUAUCAACGUUCCGUCGGCAAGGAUACAGAUAUUGCUAUGGGUAGAAGCACAGUCUCAAAAAUAUUAUCCGAAAUGAUCAAUGCUUUGGAAAAUGUUCUGUGUCCUAAGUGGAUUAAGCUGAAAAUGUCUGAAGAGGAUUCUAGAAAAUCAAAACUUCAUUUUGUAGAAAAAUUCGGUAUUCCAGGAGUAAUAGGGUGUAUUGAUGGAACACAUGUGGCUCUGAUUAAACCUUUUGAGAACGAGCAUCUAUUUUUUAACCGAAAAGGAUUUUUUAGCAUAAACGCAAUGAUUAUUUGUGAUUUUGAUAUGAUAAUAAGAGCAGUAGAUGCAACUCGGCCUGGUGCAAGCCAUGACGCUUUCGUAUUUAGUAUGAGCAGUGCAAAACACUAUUACCUAUCGCAGUAUGAAGCUGGUGACCGAGGGUCUUGGCUACUGGGAGAUUCUGGUUUUGGUAUAGAGCCAUUUCUACUGACUCCAUAUAGAAACCUAGGCCCAAGAUCGGCAGAACACAGAUUUAACCAGCAGCAUGCAAAAGCACGUACUAAGCAAUUUCGUCUGCUCCGCAACGAGCAAUUGCAAUGCAAAUGUGUUACAAGUGGAAGAGAGCAACAACAAAAUAGCAGUAAUAUAAAUAGCAACAGCCAAAGGGACUAUUGCGACGAGAGUAAUCGCGGCAACGCGAGCAAGGCAACGAGAUACAGUUAG